AUUAAAUGUAAUAUCAUAAUUCUUAACAACCUGGUAUUAAUCCAGAUUAUAACUAUAAUUAACAACCUUAACAAUAAUAAUAAUAUGGAACUAAUGUCUAAAAUUAUCCAACAGUUCAAUAAGGGGGGCAAUAUAUUCCAUAAUAACAAUAAUAAUCACCUUCAGGAUAACUUGGAUACAACCAGGGUUAAUAAUAUAUUUAUGGAGCUCCUAUGGGAAUGGCUCCAGGAAUGCCUAUGAAACUUCCAAGAACCGCAGAUGGGGUUAGAUUUCCAGUUGAAAUAGAAUGUCAAUUUUGCAAACGAAAUACAAAAACAAGGAUUGAAUAUUAAUCAGGAUAAAAUGUUUGUUGUUGUUCUUGUUUGUUACUAUUUACUAUUCCUAUAUUGGCAUUUCUGCCUUGUAUUAUGAAUUCUUAAAAAGAUGUUGUGCAUUAUUGCACUUAGUGUAAUCAUUAAGUUGGCUAUACAGAAAAAAAGGUAUGUGAAUGA